UGAAGUUUUCAUCUGACGUGGUGCUGUCGAGCUGUCGAGUGUUGACAAAAAAAUUGCCUCUUCUGUGAAACCUAACCAAAACCACUCUUUAAAUUAAAUAUCUACUUGAAUAAAAUUUUAAUAAACGAAAAUGUUGGACAGUUUAUUUGACGAUGUGAAGCGCAUGAAUAAAAGACAGUUUAUCUACCAAGUUCUUAGCUUUGGUAUGAUAGUUUCUUCAGCUUUGAUGAUAUGGAAGGGUUUAAUGGUUGUCACUGGUAGCGAGAGCCCUAUUGUGGUUGUGUUAUCCGGCAGUAUGGAGCCAGCUUUUCAUAGGGGCGACCUUUUAUUUUUGACUAACUACCCCGAUGAACCCGUCCGUGUUGGAGAAAUCGUCGUCUUCAAGGUCGAAGGCCGAGACAUUCCUAUUGUACACAGAGUGUUAAAGCUACAUGAAAAGAAUAAUGGCACUGUUAAAUUUUUAACUAAAGGUGAUAACAAUAGUGUUGAUGAUCGAGGCUUAUACGCUCAAGGCCAGCUAUGGCUGACAAAGAAGGAUGUGGUAGGUCGUACUAGAGGGUUCUUACCAUACGUUGGUAUGGUUACAAUAUAUAUGAACGAAUAUCCUAAGUUUAAGUUUGCUGUAUUGGCGUGUUUGGCAAUUUAUGUCCUAGUACAUAGAGAGUGAAGCCAAGUCUGAUCUGAUGUGAAAAGGAUCUGUGUUUGAAGUGAACUUGCAUUUUUUUCACAUAUUUAAGUUCUUAUAGAGUUAUCAUCUCCAAGCUUAAUUUAAUUUUAAAAUGGCACGAAAGAAACCAAAUUUCAGAAUUAAUAUUAUUAUGGUAACUUGUAUUGUGAAUUUUUCUGUAUUAUAUUUACUUUGUAAACAAAUUGUCACAAAAUUUCAAUCGACUUUGUGCUGUCAUUUCAUAAAUUCGCGACUUCUGUAUCAACAAUUCCCUGUUUAUAUAAAACUUUAAAGCAAAACAUGCUUAAGAGUACUAUUAAAUGAUUUAUUCCGUUCAAAUUUGUACUUUAUUUAAUGCAUUUGAGAAUGUAUCCAAUAAAAGUGUUUGCGACAGUUAGGAAACUAUAUGAGAUUUAUUAUAACUGAAGCAUAGAAUUAAAUAGAUUUUUCUAAAGAAAUAUUGUGAGCAUUUUACUUAACUGUAUAAAAAUAAGUUUUCUUAAGUAUAGAUUUUGUUACACAGAUAAUGUUAAAAUGUUUACAAAUUAAAGCAUUUCAAUGGGUUUGAA